AUAGCACGUUUUCGGGUUCGUGAGUCUGUCUCUUUCUAUAACUGUCUGUCCCUGCGUCUGUGUGUUUUGGAGAUCAGAAAAACAAGAAGAGAUCGAUGGGGAGCGAGAACGAGCCUGCGAAGCUCCUUCUUCCAUACCUUCAGAGAGCGGACGAGUUGCAGAAACAUGAGCUCCUUGUUGCUUACUACUGUCGUUUGUACGCGAUGGAACGAGGAUUGAAGAUCCCUCAGAAGGAGCGCACUAAAACUACUAAUGCUCUUCUUGUGUCGCUAAUGAAUCAGCUUGAAAAGGAUAAGAAGUCAUUGCAGUUGGGCUCUGAAGAUAAUUUGUAUGUGGAGGGAUUUGCAUCGAAUGUUUUUGCGAAAGCAGAUAAGCAAGACCGAGCCGGGCGAUCUGACAUAAAUACUGCAAAAACUUUCUACGCUGCAAGCAUCUUCUUUGAGAUUCUUAACCAGUUUGGUGAACUCCAGCCUGAUAUUGAACAGAAACAGAAGUAUGCUGCCUGGAAAGCAGCAGAUAUAAGGAAAGCAUUGAAAGAAGGACGGAAGCCUGAACCGGGACCACCUGGUGAUGAUAAAGAUCUAUCAAUCCCAUCAAGUACACCUACUGCAUAUGAUCAUGGACCAAGUGAAACCAAUUCAAUAAGCCAUCCAGGACCAGGUGCUGAGGCAUCACCUCAGUUCCAUGAUAAUAUUAAGCACUCAACUUCUACAAACAUCAUGACAUCACCUCCCUCCUACCCAAAUGCUGAUUACCCUUACAACGAUUUCCAUCCUCCACCACUUAACAGACAAGAAAGUUCUGCUUACUCUCAGGCUCCACCACUUAACAGACAAGAGAGUUCGGCUUACUCUCAGGCUCCACCACUUAACAGACAAGAUAGUUCUGCUUAUUCUCAGGCAUACCAUCAACCCUAUCCACAUGAAUCUCAACAAUCAUUGCCGGGAAAUUAUCCUUUGCAUGAAACACCCUCUCAGCCCUACUCGUUUCCCAAUUUCCAGUCUUAUCCUAGUUUUAAUGACAGCACCCUUCCAACUGCUCCAUCACACUAUCCCUCUUACCACCAAGGUUCUGAUGCUUCCUACUCUCAUCAAGCAGUUCCACCAGUUCCAGGCUACCAAUCAGCAGCUCAGUACACUCCUACUGGCGGGAAUGAGAACAACCAUGCAGAAUCUGCCACAACUGCCCAGACUUUUCAUUACGACAGCAAUUACCAGCCACCACCUGAGAAGGUUGCUGAGGCACACAAGGCUGCAAGGUUUGCUGUGGGGGCUUUGGCAUUUGAUGAUGUGCCAGUUGCAGUGGAGUUUCUCAGAAAAUCUCUUGAAUUGUUGACGAAACCAUCUGCAAAUCAGUAGUUCUAUUGUCUAUGCCUAAACUUGAAGAAAUGAGGUUUCUGGCACUGAUGUGUGUGGUUUCGUAUGUAUGUGUGAUUACUAGAAAAUGCUGAGUUCUAUCAUCUUAAUACCCCAACAUCCUGCACAUGUCAUUUGUAAAUUGUAACAUUAAUGUUUGAGCAUUGCCGCAAGCUUGGUACAAAUGCUAAGGCAUGCAAUU